AUGGAUAAAAACCGCCAUCAACAACAUCGAUCACCUGUUUUCAAAUUUCUCCGGCGCCAUCGUAAUUCAAUACCCGUGUCCACAUCAACAUCAUCGACCCGACUAAACGAUCUCCAAACUCGAACCCGUAAUUCCAUCGUUAUUCCAACAAAACAAACUACCAAACGAAAAGCUACGCAUGUGUUCGACAUUGGUAAUUCAUACAGCAAUUCAACAAGUUCAGCACGGCUUGCAUUUGAUUGUUCAUCAACGGAUGUAAAUACAGCCACUAUGGAUAAUAAACAUUAUUUUGGUCUAUAUUUAAUUCGUAUAAAACAUAGUUUGAUUCUGUUUUCUCUAUUAUUAAUCGCUUUUCAAAGUUUGACUUAUUUAUUAUUGGCAAUAUUUUCUAAAAAAUACCUCUUGGCUCAAUUUAUUCUUGAAAUCGUUCUUUUCUCCUGUGUUUUGCUCGUCUCUAUAGCAUUGAUUGUAUUAUUGCAACGAGAGAAAUUUCUUCAUGCUCAUGUCUAUAUAUCAUGUUUAUUGAUAUGGAUAUUAUUAACAUUAUUCUCCAUCAUACCUGUCAUUUUGCAGCAGUACACAUCAAUUAUUCGUCUUACGGGCAUAAUUACAUUUUCAAUCAUUACAAUUCAUACGACAUUACCGGUCUCGCGUUCUUGGACUGUCCUAAUGGCAUUGUUCACCUCCUUCAUUCAUUUGAUAUUCGUUAUCCGUUCACAUUCCAUUCGUAAUCUACACAAUAGAUCCUAUCGAAUGGAAUUCAAACUUGAAGUAAUCUGUCUUUCGUUAUUCUAUGCGACGUGUAACCUCUUCGGUUUGUGUUAUCGGUAUUUAACUGAUGCACAUCAAAAGAAAACAUAUCAGAAUACAAUGCGUUGCAUUGAAGCACGAUUACGACUUGAACGAGAGAAAGAACAACAGGAAACAUUGAUUCUUAGUGUGAUACCAGCACAUAUUGCGUUGAGUAUGAAAUCGGAAAUGUUGCGUAAGGUGAAAGAAACAGCGAAGUAUCAUAACCUACAAUCGCGAGAUUAUGAUGAUCAAAGGUCUCAUACGAAGAAAAUCAAUGUGCGGAAAGCAACAUUUCAUGAUCUGUACAUUAAAAAGCACGAAAAUGUGACCAUUUUAUAUGCGGAUAUCGUUAAUUUUACACCGUUGUCGGAAAAGUUUACUCCUCCAGAAUUAGUACAAAUCUUAAAUAAACUCUUCGGAAAAUUCGAUCAAUUAGCACAGGAGUGUGAUUGUAUGCGAAUAAAAAUUCUUGGUGAUUGCUAUUACUGUGUAAGUGGUUUGCCAAUAAGUCGACCGAAUCACGCAUCAAACUGUGUUCGAAUGGGAUUGAAAAUGAUUGAAGAUAUUAAAUUAGUACGAGAAGCAACCGGUGUAAAUGUUGAUAUGCGUAUUGGUAUACAUACGGGACGAGUUUUAUGCGGGGUAUUAGGUUUGAAGAAAUGGCAAUACGAUACAUGGUCUGAUGAUGUAACAUUGGCUAAUCAUAUCGAAGCUGGUGGUGUGCCAGGACGUGUUCACAUAUCAGAAAGCACGUUACUAAAUUUGGGUAAUGAAUUCGACGUGGAGGAAGCACAUGGCCAUGAACGUGAUGCUUAUAUCGCUAAAUUAGGUAUUAAGACUUACUUUAUUAUACCACGCGAUGUACCCAAUGUUCUAAGUCAAUUAACUAUGAAUAGUGGCGAUACUCGUAAAUCAAGUAAAAAGAUGCAGAAACUAUUGGAUACAUGGUCGAAUGAAACGCCAUUUUCGGCACAAGGCCUUUCGGAUAACGAUAAAUCAGAUGCAGCAAAAAGUUUUGUUCUUCUCGAAGAUAACUUAAAACCACUAGCAACAACAUUUACUUGCUUACGACGUCGACGAAGCACGAAUGAUCUGCAACCAAUAACGCUUGAAUUUAAUAAACAAGCUGAUAAAUGUCAGAAAGUUUUAGAUGAUGAUGAAGAAAAUCGAACAGCGAGCGAAAAAGUAUUUCGUUCUUUACCAGAACUACGCUAUCGAUAUUAUGUAAUCAAUGCUGCUAGCGUUUUCUUCGCUAUUCUUGUUAUUCAAGCAUUGAUUUUGGAAAAGAAUGCUCUUUAUUUGAUUUUAAUCAUUGUUGGAUUAUGUGUAUUCAGUAUAGCUGCACUUCUUUGCGUUAUUGAUUUAUCCAAACUACAACGGGACAAUCAUCGAUCAUUAUUAGAUCAACCGGUCUAUUUAGUGACACAUUACUACUUCAUUCGUUUACCUGUUAGUCUUCUAAUCAUUGCUGUGUGUGUGCUAACACCAUUCGCAGUCUCGUGGCAGUCAUCGCCGCCUUCGAAUAAUCAGCAUACGAAUACAACUGUAAUGCCAAAUAUUUCUAUUCCUCGUAAUAGUAUCGAUCAAACUCAUCUAGCACCAAUGCCAAUGAUUAGUCUUAGUUCAUCGUUAGUCAAUCCAAUCACAAACGAAUUUUGUCGUCAUUUCGAAUUUCAUAUCCUAUUAAUUCAAUUGGCUCUCCUAACUGUUUCAUCAUUCAUGCAUCUCUAUUUUCUACUUAAAGCAUUUAUUAUGAUUGCAACAGUAACUUUUUAUGUGUUCUAUUCGUAUUAUUUCGAUGUUUACGACACAAUUGCCACACAUUCGGAUUUAACAAGUACGACAUUGAUUAUUCAAACGACGUUCGAAGUGUUCUUUUUCAUUCUCUUAUUAAUUGGCCUGGAUCGACGAAUCGAAUAUAUGAGCCGGUUGGAUUUGUUAUGGACGAUUAAAUUUGAAAAUGAAAAACAUGAAGUCGAAACAGUCAGUACAAUCAGUCGAUUGUUACUAGAAAAUAUCUUACCCAAACAUGUUGCGGAAAUUAUCAUCAAAGAAAAUAUGAGUCAAGGUUUAUACCAUGAAAGUUAUGAUAACGUCGUGGUUAUGUUUGCAUCGAUUCCUAAUUUUAAAGAAUUCUACGUUCAAUCCGAUGCGAAUAAUGAUGGAUUGGAAUGUUUGAGACUAUUGAACGAAAUUAUUGCUGAGUUUGAUAAAUUAUUAGAUAAGAAUAAAUUUAGUGGUGUGGAAAAAAUUAAAACAAUUGGUAAUACUUAUAUGGCAGCAGCUGGAUUGAAUCCAGGCGCUGAACAUCGAAUGACAAGAGAACGAUACAACCAGAACGUCGUUGCACUUGCUGAAUUUGCUUUUGCAAUGAUCGCCGUUUUAGAAGGUAUCAAUCGCGAUUGCUUCAAUGAUUUUAAAUUACGUGUUGGUAUGUGUAAUGGUCCACUUGUAGCCGGUAUUGUCGGUGCUAAAAAACCUCAAUAUGAUAUUUGGGGAAAUACGGUUAAUGUUGCCUCACGUAUGGAUAGUACUGGUGUAGUUAGUUGUAUUCAUGUUCCGGAGGAAACUCAGAAGGUUUUGUUCGAACAUGGUUAUCCGUGUGAAUGUCGUGGGCCGAUUUAUGUUAAAGGAAAAGGUAAUAUGACGACCUAUUUAGUACGACCUCGUGGUUAUAUGGCGCCAACAUCGAUGGCAAAUAAUCCGUCGAAUAAGUGA